AAGGACAUCAUCUAAUCGAAACCACCUCGUGUUGAUAUACUUUGACGAUAUCACCAUAAGCAUUCAAGAUUGGCGAACCGUCGACAACAUGUCCUACGGACGAACCGACGAAGGACAACAACCACGGGCUUCAGCAGGUGAAUCUUGGACCUCUGAUACGUCGCCAUCAGACACAAGAUCUCCUGAAUGGUCAGAAGUGGCCGAUCCUGUAGAACGGCGGAAGAUUCAGAACAAACUGGCUCAACAGAGGUUUAGAGCCAAGGCUCGAGAGCAGAGAGAGGAAGCAGAACGUGAGGCAGAGAAUCUUCGACGAGCUUCGAGUUCCUACAGGCGCCCAGAAGUAGCUCGGCUUGAAGAUCACCACACCCUAUCAGGCCUUCCCUGGGGAGGUAUAUCGUUCAAACAUAUCGUAGCAGCAGGGCAAGAUAAGGAGCGGAGCUCGCAGCAAAGCUCACGGGAGAAUUCUGUCUACGCCAUGCGCGCAGGUGGGAGCAGCAGACUUGGACUUUGCCUUACGGAUCGUUUCGCUCGAAGUCCUGCGGUGUGGGGACCCUUUAGAACAAUCACUCUUGGCUUUUCUGAACGGUAAUAGCCCUGAGCCGAGCUGUGCUCGGUUGUUACAUUCAC